UUUAAAUUCAUAUUGGCCCCUGGCUCUAGUGCCCAUGGCUCCCAAAACUCGCAGCAGAAAAGACAACAAAUGCACCCAAAACGACAACAAUGACGGCCAUUCAUCAUACUUUCAAAAAACAGUUUGUUUGCACGAUUGGUGGUUGGUUAAAGCCGACAAAGAUUUUGAAGGGAAGAGAUUAGCUAUUGCAGGGUCCACAUCAAGAGAGUUUAAAGCGGUUCGGUUGUUUACCUCUGCACCGAUUGUAAAACGAUACGAUGUUUUUACUCUUGAGACAGCUGAUAGAAUUUGUGUCUGUAUCAAAGGUUUCAUUAACAGACAACGUACCCAUGAAAAUGGGUUUUCUUCUGAGGUCUUUACUCACUUCUACUUUGGCUUUCCUCCUUACUGGGAAGAAUAUGCUAAGAAGUGUUUGGGGGAAAAUUUAACCUCUGACAUUGAAUUAGAAGUUGUUCCCAACUCUAGCGAGUCAGCGAGCGAUCCAGAUCCUAGCUUAAUUUCGACUCCAAGUAAGCAUAAGGAGGUUUUUAGUCAAGAUAAGCGUGUUCAAAUGAGCUGUGUUGAGAAUGCAUCAAGGGGUUCGGAUGUGCUCAACCAAGCUGCUAACUUGUCCAGUAUGGUUGAAGAGAGAUCAAACCUUGACAUUGGAGUUGAGAUGGAUUAUUCGGAGCUGGCUACUGCUGAUGUUCGUGUUUUGAAUGCCUCCAACACACACAACCAUGCAGCUAACAUGCCAAGAUCUAUUGAGAAGAGAAUAACUCAUGCUCCGGCAAACAUAGAAACCAAAAUAGUAAAUGUCAACCCAUAUACUUCUGGAAAUAGAACAACCAAAGGUCGGGUUCAGAUUACAAACAGCAGUCAGAAAAAGAAUGUUGAGGUUGGUUGUUCUACAAUGCAAAAGGACAGAGCUUCGACAAGGAAGGUUCAAGAUGAACAACAACUGAAUAGCAGCAUACCACGCAGCACACAAAGAGGCUCACCCAGGAAGGAGACUCAGAGAAAACUUGAUUUUGAAAAAGUUGCAAGCUCUGUAUCCCCGGAAAGAAAACAGAAGCAAUCUGUUAUCUCUCCCAAGUCCCUGAAUCUCAAAUAUUCAAGAGCAGGCAGAGUCCUUUUACCUCCAUUGGAAUUUUGGCGCAACCAAAUUCCAGUUUAUGAUCAGAAUCGUACAAUCACAGGAAUUAAGGAAGAGGUGAAUGCCGUGAAACCAUCAGGGAGUAGAUCGCAGCCUCAGAAAAGGCGAAAGCGUAAGUCAUGAGUUUCAUAAAGAGAUUUGUCCUUUACAGUCGGAGUACAAAGCUUAAGAAGGUAGGCAAUCUGCCAUGGUUAUCUGCUGGAGCAUUCAGAAAAAGCUCUGCAUAUCUCUCAUUUCUUGUUAAGCUGUUCUAUGGUAGCCACCGUGUCAUAUUCUCUGGUUUCAGAAAUGGGAUCAUCAAGCAAACCGGCUAGAUAUCUCUUGUUUCUUCUAUGAUGUUUUCUCACCAAGCUAUUACAUGUAUCUAACUGUUAAAUUUUUAUCUUGUUCUUAUGCUGUCUCUCCAAUUCGACCAGUGAUUGUAUAUGAACCACCCCCCCUGAGUUUAAUACGAAGCAUUGGAACAAAAUUCUUGUU